AUGUCUUCUAAAUUGAACGUUUUAUUGAUAGGAGCUGGUGGUGUGGGUACCAUUGUUGCCUACGGUAUUGACUUUGUUGGAAAAUCGAACCUGUCUAUAGUCGUCCGGAGAGACUAUGAAAGAGUAAAGGACAAAGGUUACUCAAUUGAUUCAGUCGACUAUGGCUCCCUCAGUGGAUGGAAGCCUCAGAAAAUUUACUCCGAUAUAGACGCGGCAGCGGACUCACGAACUCCGUACAACUUUGUUGUCGUAUGCACCAAAAAUCUUGCUGAUAUAGUCAAAAUGGAGGAUCUAGUUGAGCCAGUAAUUACUCCGGAGAUAACGUCCAUAGUAUUAAUGCAAAACGGAUUUGAUCUUGGAAGACCAUUUUUCACAAAAUAUCCUAAAAACGUGGUGAUUUCAGGGGUCUCUCAUAUUGGAUCCCACAACCAUAAUGGGUCGAUAGUGCAAACCCAAAAUGAUAAGUCUUUGAUUAGUUACUUUGAUAAUCCCAAUCUGGAGAAAAGUUUACAGGAAGCAGAAACUAAAAAAUUUAUUUCGAUAUAUUCGAAUGAAAAAAAUAAUUGUACGUAUUUUCCAGAUGCCAAAUGGUAUAGAUACCGCAAAUUGGUUUACAAUGCCACAUUGAAUACGGUUUGUGCUCUUACAGGUGUUGAUACCGGACGAUUAGAAUUAUCUGGUGGUCUGGAGUCUUUGUCCAUCCCAGCGAUGCACGAGGUUAUCGCUAUAGCUAAAGCAGACGAUGUGGAGUUGCCUGGCGAUGUUAUCAACGCUGUUGUGCAUUCCGAUGAUGGUGACUGGUUUGAACCUUCUAUGAGGGUAGAUGUAAAGAAAGGAAAUCUCCUUGAACUUGAGGUUAUUUUAGGAAAUCUGUUACGAGUGGCCGAUGAGUUACAAGUUGACGCACCAAUUUUGACGGUAUUGUAUAAUCUAUUGAAGGUUGUUCAGUUUAGAUUGAAAGAAUCUCAGGGUAUGUUCAAGUUACCAGAGAAGCGUCAUGUCAAAGAUAAAAUCUACAAAUGA